AUGCCCGUCACACGAGGUCAAAAGCGCGAAAACGAAAUGGAAGCCGCGCUGAAAACCUUCUUUUCCUCCCCUCGCUUCGCUGUAGCCGGCGCAUCUUCCGACCCCAGCAAAUAUGGCCAUAAAAUCUUUGCGUGGUAUCUGCGCCAUUCACUACCAGCAACACCAAUAAAUCCCCGCUCUCCUACAGUCAACAUCUUGCAGCGUGACCACACUACCGUGCCGUCGCCGAGCGCACUUCAAGAUCCGCCAGCAUCGAGUUAUUCACUCUCUGUCAUCACGCCACCGGCUGUGACGAAGCAGUUGCUGAAAGAGGCUAAAGAGGCGGGUGUACCGGCUGUGUGGCUGCAACCAGGAAGUUUCGAUGGAGAGGUGUUAGAGUAUGCGAAAGCGAACUUCAAAGCUGCGAUAGCCGGGGAUGGGGGUAAUGGUAGUGAAGGGUGGUGUGUGCUUGUGGAUGGGGAGGAAGGAUUGAGACUUGCUGGGAGGGAGUGGUCGAGGCUGUGA